UCACUAAGAUAAAUAUAAAGUGUAAUUAAUACUUUAAAAAUAGUGUAGUGUUUGGAGGGUAAAUUAAAAAAAAAAAUACUAGUUAAAAAUAAUUUUGAAAAUGAAAAAUGAGUCUAAGAGAGAGAGUGGGAGUGUGAUAACGUAAAUAAAGUUUGUGUGGCUUUGGAUUGUUGUGGCAGUUGGUGGUGGUGGGAGCUGAGCGGAGCGGAGGUGAGCUGAGGUGAGGGGGAUGGUGGAUUUUGGAAGGGUAAUAAUGGUUUUGUUCACUUCAACUUACUUCAUUCUUCUUGUUUGGAUCUCUUCCACUGCCGCCACUACAGAUCCAACUCACGUUGCGGCUUUAAAGGCUAUGUUUCAAAGCAUGAAUUCACCAUCCCAACUAGGUUGGCCUACUAAUGCUGAUGAUCCUUGUGGACAAUCUUGGAAAGGCAUUACUUGUUCAGCCAACAGUGUUACGCAGAUUGUGCUAUCUAAUCUUGCUCUAACUGGAACGUUAUUGCCUUACGGAUUUCAAGACUUGACAUCUCUCACCAACCUAGACAUCAGUAACAACAAUCUCUUUGGACCCAUACCAUACCAACUUCCUCCAAAUGUUCAGCGCUUAAAUUUUGCUCAUAACAACUUGACUGGGGCAGUCCCUUACUCUAUUUCUAACCUGACCUCUCUUACAGACUUGAAUCUCAGUCACAAUCAGCUCCAGCAAGCACUGAAUGUCAACUUUCAAUAUCUUUCUACCCUCUCCAAAUUAGACCUCUCUUUCAAUUCUUUGGCAGGUGACCUCCCUCAGACUAUGAGCUCCCUUUCAGGCAUAACCACCAUGUAUCUGCAAAACAACCAGUUUACAGGCACUAUUGAUAUUCUUGCUAAUCUGCCUCUGCAUAGUCUGAAUGUAGAAAACAAUAAUUUUACAGGAUGGAUACCGGAACGGUUGAAAAACAUAGACAUUCAGUCGGGUGGUAAUGCGUGGAGCUCAGUACCUGCACCCCCACCUCCUCCUGGAACACCUCCAGUACCUAAAAGCAACCAACACCACAAAUCUGGUGGUGUAAGUACCACUGGCCAAGAUGCCAGCAGUGGCACAAUUGAUGAGGGAAAAAAAUCUGGAAUAGGAGGUGGUGGCAUAGCUGGAAUUGUCAUCUCCAUUAUUGUUGUUGGGGCAGUAGUAGCAUUCUUUCUGAUGAAGAGAAAAUCCAAGAAGUCAUCUUCAGAUGUAGAAAAGCUGGGCAGUCAGUCUACCGCUCCUCUUCCUUCAAAUGAAGUCCAUGAAGUUACGUCUGUGCAGACUUCUUCUGUAUUUGACUUGAAGAGGUUUGAUACUUCUGCCUCAAUAAAUCUCAAACCCCCACCUAUUGAUCGUCAUAAAUCAUUUGAUGACAACGAACACUCAAAGAAGUCUACUAUUGUCAAGAAGACUGUAACAGCUCCUGCAGAUGUGCAAUCAUAUUCUAUAGCUGAUCUUCAGAUUACUACUGGGAGCUUCAGUGUGGACCAUCUUGUUAGUGAGGGGUCUUUCGGGCGUGUGUACCGUGCUCAAUUUGAUGAUGGGAAGGUUCUUGCAGUGAAGAAAAUAGAUUCAUCUGUCCUUCCCAAUGAUUUUUCAGAAGAUUUUAUUGAAAUAGUGGCAAACAUCUCCCAUUUACAUCAUCCAAAUGUAACAGAGCUUGUAGGUUAUUGUUCAGAGCAUGGACAGCACCUCUUAGUUUAUGAGUUUCAUAAAAAUGGAUCACUGCAUGACUUCCUUCAUGUGUCAGAUGAAUACAGUAAACCAUUAAUAUGGAAUUCCCGUGUCAAGAUAGCGUUGGGGACAGCACGCGCUUUAGAGUACCUGCACGAAGUUUGUUCUCCAUCAAUUGUGCAUAAGAAUAUUAAGUCUGGCAAUAUAUUGCUUGAUGCAGAGCUUAAUCCUCAUCUGUCAGACUGUGGAUUGGCAAGCUAUGUUCCAAAUGCAGAGCAGAUACUGAACCAUAAUGUUGGGUCUGGAUAUGAUGCACCUGAAGUUGCGUUGUCUGGUCAGUAUACCUUUAAAAGUGAUGUCUACAGCUUUGGGGUUGUCAUGUUGGAACUUCUUAGUGGACGGAAACCAUUUGAUAGCUCAAGGCUAAGAGCAGAACAGUCUUUGGUUCGAUGGGCAACACCCCAGCUUCAUGACAUUGAUGCAUUGGCUAAAAUGGUUGAUCCUGCACUGAAAGGGCUAUAUCCUGUCAAAUCUCUAUCACGUUUUGCUGAUGUUAUUGCUCUUUGUGUUCAGUCGGAACCUGAGUUCCGACCACCUAUGUCAGAGGUGGUUCAAGCGAUGGUACGAUUAGUGCAGCGAGCUAACAUGAGCAGGCGGACAUUUGGAAGUGAUCAUGGAGGAUCCCUCCGAGGAAGUGAUGAGCCAGCUAUACAAGACAUCUAAUCUAUUCUAAUUCUAAUGGGAAUAUAAUCCUUUUGUAAUUAUGUUACUAGAAUGUCCCCAAAGCUAAUAUUGUGCUUAUAUUUUAAUUUUUGUUCUUUUAACCUUUUAAGUUAGAUUGAUUGCACCUCAAAUUAGAUUGAUUGUACUAAUAUUGUACUUAUAUUUUACUUUUUGUUCUUGCUUGUCCCUCAACCUAUACGGCUUUGUAAGUUAGAUUGAUUGCAUCUUCUUCUAUUAACCAAGUUAGACAACGGGUAUUGCAUAA